UUGCAACCACUUCCUUCAAACACUGCAUUUUGCUUUCAUCUUUUUCCUUUGGCACUUGAGAGAGAUGGCUGAACAUAUCCCCUAUGGUUUUGUCGCUUCACUCUUCAACACGAUUGCUUCACCUGCCUUUCGUGAAAUCGGGAGGAUCUAUGGAGUCAUGGAUGAUCUUGAGAAGCUGAAGGCCACUUUGGAAUCCAUCCAAGUCGUGCUUUCUGAUGCUGAGCUCAAACAAGGCCAGAAUGCUACUGUUGCCCACUGGAUCAAAAGGUUCAAACAAGUGCUCUAUGAUGCUGAUGACUUGCUUGAUGACGUCCUCAUCAAAGACUUGCGCCGCAAAAGAAUGAGUCAGGUGCGUGGCUUCUUUUCCAAAUCUGUGAAUCCAAUUCUUUUCCGUGCUAAGUUAGCUCGUAAGAUUGAGAAUAUUCGAAAGGAGUUUAAUAAUGUUACUGAAGAGAUGUCUAAGUUGAACCUGAAUCGGAGUUCGGUCAUUCUUAACCAAGAUGAGUGUGCGUGGAGGGAAACAAGUUCUUCAGUUUUGCAAUCGGAGAUAGUUGGAAGGGAAGAGAAUAAGAGUGACAUUGUUAACUUGCUGAAGCAAACUCAUCCAUACCAAAAUGUUUCUUUAAUUGCUGUUGUUGGUAUGGGGGGUUUAGGCAAGACAGCCCUUGCUCAGCUCGUGUACAAUGCUGCUAAACACCAGAACCUCUUUCAGAAAUACAUGUGGGUGUGUGUUUCAGAAGAUUUCGAGGUGAAAACUGUUUUGAAGAAGAUGCUGGAGUCCUUGGGGAAGGACGCUGGUGGUGACUCAAUAGAGGCCCUACAACUGAGGUUGCGAGGAGAAUUGAAUGGGCAAAAUUAUAUGCUUGUGCUUGAUGACGUGUGGAAUGAAGAUCAUUCAAUGUGGAGUGAUUUAAGAACUCAUUUGAUGUGCGGAGGUCAAGGCAGUAAGCUAUUAGUGACGACUCGUAGUACAUUGGUUUCUAAAGUAAUGGGUAUUGACGAGCCGUAUGUUUUGAGUGGUUUGACAGAUGAGCAAUCAUGGACAUUGCUAAACAACCUGACAUUUGGUGAAGAUACCAGCAGAAUGAGCUCUGAAUUGCAAUCAAUCGGAGAGGAAAUUGCAAAGAAGUGUAAAGGAGUGCCAUUGGCGAUCAAAACAAUAGGAGGCUUGUUACGGACAAGGGUUGAAGAAAUUGAUCAAUGGUCAAGUCUUUUGCAUGGUGCUAUUUGGAGGUUAUGCGAAGAAGAGAAGAGUAUCAUGCCGGUGCUAAAUUUGAGUUACCUAAACUUGCGUCCUGAACUAAGACAAUGUUUUGCUUAUUGUUGUCUAUAUCCAAAGGAUUGGGUAAUUGAAAAGGAUGAAUUGAUUCAAUUGUGGAUGGCUCAAGGUUAUCUUGCAAGUCCAAUUGAAACACAAUCUAUGGAAGAUGUAGGUAAUCAAUAUGUCAAGAUUUUGUUAAUGAGGUCAUUCUUUCAGGAUGCAUCAACAGAUGAAUACGGUCAUAUUGAGUUCUUCAAAAUGCAUGAUUUGAUGCAUGAUCUUGCAACGUUGGUCGCUGGAAAUGAUUGUUACUUACAUACAGAGGGAAAAGGAAUUGUUGAAAGACCCAUGCACGUAGCAUUUAAAACUAGGACCGAUUGUUCAUUGGAUGUGUUUGAUGUUUGCAAAUUACGGACAAUCAUCAAUUGCAACACUGAUACCAAUUUUGUGGCCAAACUCUCUUUUAUGGAAAAACUGAAGUGCCUUCGUGCUUUGAAAUUGUCAUUUCAUUUUAUGAUUGAACUACCAAAGUCCAUUGAUAAAGUCAAACAUUUAAGAUAUCUUGAUCUUUCAUACUCUCGAAAUCUAAGAAGUUUGCCUGAAUCGAUUGGCAAUCUUGUUUGUUUGCAAACAUUAAAAGUAGAAGGUUGUGGAUCCUUAGUUAGUUUACCUGAAUCGAUUGGCAAUCUUGUUUGUUUGCAAACAUUAAAAGUAGAAGGUUGUGGAUCCUUAGUUAGUUUGCCUGAGUCAGUUGGCAAUCUUAUUUGUUUACAUACAUUGAUAUUGACUUUUUGUAAUAAACUUGUUUUUCCAACAAAAAUUAUCACAAAAUUGAUCAAUUUGAAGAAGCUUGACAUUGAAUAUUGUAAAGCCUUUGAAGACGGCAUGCCAGUAGGAUUGGGGAAAUUGAUUUCAUUGCAAUCCUUAUCAAGCUUUGUAGUAGGGAAUAACGAAAAAGAUACAAGUGGCAAAUUGAAUGAACUGAAAGAGCUUGUUGACCUCAGAGGCAAAUUGACCAUUAGUAAUUUGGAUUUGGUAAAGGAUGCGGCAUCGGAAUCUCAUGAGACAAAUAUGAGAUCAAAGAAACACAUCCAAGACCUUUCUCUGUUAUGGGGGUCUUCUGAGUUUGGGGGGAUAAGCGCUUCUGUAUUAUCGGGGCUGAGCUCUGAUUCUAGUGAAUAUGAAAUAAGAAAGAGUGAGAGCUUGGUGUUAUUGGAUAAUCUUUGUCCCCAUCAGAAUCUGAGAUCACUAUAUGUGAAUGGCUUUCCAGGAGUGAGGUUUUCAGAUUGGCUUAUCUCGCUAAUUCAUGUUGUUCGCAUAUCUCUCCGCUGUCUUCCCAAUUGCAAACAACUCCCACCUUUGGAGAGACUGCCUUGUCUUCGUGCGCUCAAGGUUGAUCAUAUGGAAUCGCUGGAGUGGAUGGAUUAUUAUGAAAAUAUUGGUGAUGUGUUCUUCCCAUCUUUGGAGCAACUCAAAAUCUCUUUCUGUAGGAACCUGAGAGGAUGGGAGAUGUUAGAGGAUGAUAAGAAUGCAAAUGAGACUCAAAACCAUCUUUCUCUACCUCCUUUUCCCCGUCUCUCUCAUCUCCAAAUUGUUUAUUGUCCAAACUUGACCUGCAUGCCUUCUUUCCCACACCUCGAUCAGAAGUUGGAGUUACAAGGAGGUAUUAGCGUGAAGCUGAUGUUGGAAACAUGUAUGGUUAAGCAUGAGUCUUCAUCCAUCUCUCCUCUCUCUCAUCUCAAGCGCUUGUGCCUUAGGGAAGUUACAGGGAUAGAAGCAAUAGCAGAGGACUGGAUGAAAAACCUCACAUCGCUCCAGAGUCUCGACCUUAGUGGAUCGUCAGCCAUUCAGAUUCUGUCAGGACACUUGCAAUAUCUUCCUUCUCAACUUCAAGAGUUGGAGAUUAGUUUCAAUGACGACAAGCUUGACCUCUGGAAAGACACACAAGGUCGUGGUCCUCCUCAUGCGCUCUCUUCUCUGCAGACAAUCAUGUUCUCCCGUUGUCGGAACAUGAAGGCUUUACCAGAGCAGAUUGGCAACCUCCAUUCACUAAGGCUUUUAAAGAUUAGCUUUUGCCCUAAAUUAGAGUCAUUGGAUGAAGCUGAGCGUUGCCUUACCAACAUACACUCACUACAGAUCAGCUAUUGUCCAAUCCUAAAGUGCAAAUACCGCGCUGAAAGUGGAGAAGAUCGGGCCAAGAUUGCUCACAUCCCAAACAUAGACAUAUACUGAGAUUGAUCCCCUCAAAAGGGGAUUCUUGCAAAUCAUUUUCUUCUUGCCAUACUUUCAAAUUUCAAUAGGCCGAUGCCUGCUGCUUCAAUGGGAAGAUACAAAUAUUUGGUCUCAUCAUUCCAUUUUGCAAAAUGUUGAAUCCUCAAGAUGGUCAAAUUCUGACCCAGUUCCUCCUUUGGGUACAACACUGAUUAAAGUAGCAUGCAAAGGAAGUUACAUUCAGCUACCAGCCAAUUACCAUUAGCUUCAAACUUAUUUAGAUUAUUUCUAGAAGAAGUAUCAGAGAGGAUUAAGAGAAAGAAAAAGUUCUUGGGCAAUGGCAUAUAACUCACUAUCCAACAGAGCGCCCGUCCUUAGAAGAUUACUGGGUUUGGAUUCUCAUAUUGCCUCUUCAUUUUCCUUGUUUAUAAUUAAAUUUGCCGUUCAAGCAAGAGCAUUAUCUGGCUUCAUGUCAUAACGAUUACAUGACUAGUUGGAUCCAUAUAUGGUUUUGUGGCAUCUCCUCCUCCUGAUGGCCAUGCCGAAGGGAGCGGGUAGAGUUGCUGGGUAGGUUAUUUCAAGGCACAGUGGAGAUUGUUUUAUUUCUUGCUUCAUGUGAAAGAUUUUUCUACAUUUGAUUUUAGGUUGGUGAUUAUGUAAUAUGGGUUGUUGCUAUUAGAGACGCAACAUGGUAAUAGGAGGUUGGGUAUGAAUUGGCAUGAGUGUUUAUUGGGAUAGGCUUAUUGUACGAAAAUUUAUUGUUCAAACUUCCCAUUUUUAUGUAUGUUGUUCUAUGAUCUGUGAUGUGAUAUCUUAAACUUUGAUGUAUCACUUACUGGGUUUUCCUCUUGUUUUGGAAGCACACUUUAUUUGAGGAGUGUUACGGGGUUAUUAAAUAUU